CUUGACGAAUUUCUGCCAGCUGUGGCCACGCGGCACGACAUAGCUAAUCCUAGGAAAUAUUACCUACCUACCUACCUAACUCUAAAGAUCUAGGGAAGGAAAAAAGCCAUCAUUUUCCUUCAUCUUUCGCAUCAACACACGAACUUGCCCCUGGCUUAGAUCCUACCUCUUGCCGAAACAUAGACACGCUCACACCAAAAUGAGUUCGAAACGGAAAUUCUCCGAAUUCGAAGGCGACGGCGCCAGGAAAGAGCAGCCAAAGAGUCGCGGGUCCAUCCCAGAAUACUCUCCGCCCGAAACCCCCCAAAGGAAUGGGAAGAAAAGCAAAGCGAAACCGGGAAGCGUAAACUGGAUCAAGAAGAGGGCGCGCACAAUUGAGAGACGCUUCAAGGCCGGCCAGACUCUACCUGCAAAUAUCCAGAACGACCUAGAGAGGGAGCUGGCCCACCACCAGCAGAAGCUCUCUGAGAUCGCCAUGGAAAAGAAGAAAAAGCAUAUGAUCAAGAAGUAUCAUAUGGUCCGCUUCUUUGAACGAAAGAAGGCGGAUAGACUCGCGAAACAGAUCCAGUCCCAGCUUGAGGCUGCCGAGGACGAGGGAACACGCGAAAAGUUGGGGGUGGAUCUACAUCGGGCGAAAAUAGACAGUCUCUAUGCCAGGUUCUUCCCUUACAUGGAGCGAUACAUCAGUCUAUACCCGGUGGCGUCGCCAGAUCUCGUAGCGCGUGGUGGUGAGAAGUCAGAAGACGCAAGUUCGGCGGCGCAGGCCCUGCACACGGAGAGACCACCAUUGUGGCGGGAUAUAGAAAAGGCGUCAGAAAGUGGCACGCCUGCAUUGCUUCGGAUCCGGGAUCGGAAGUCGGAUCGGGGCUCGAUAAGCAAGCGUAACAAGGGUGGUGCCCCGAAGCGUGAUAUACCUGCAAACGGCAACGUCGCAAGCAGCCAGCAAGGGAAGGGCGAGGGCAAAAGCAAGCCCAAGCGUGACGAAGCCUCGAAUCUGAGCAACGACAGCGAUAGCGAGGGUGGAUUCUUCGCCGAGGGGUGAGGAGAUGCUUUACGAGAGGCAGAGUUGCACGAUACGAUACCCAGUUACGAAACCAGAGUAUAGAAAGCCACGAUAUCACUGGUAAUUAGACCCCGGGCAUGAGAGUCUUCUGCCGAGGUCGGUAGACGGUGGAAAAGGGGUCUGUAAGUUUGGCAGCUCUAAGGCGUGCCCGUUCCUAAAGAAGUGACCAGACAGUAGUUCGCCCCCUGGUGGCUAUUCCAAUUAACUCUUUACCUACCUAUGCUCGAGUAAAUCAAUGACCACAGGAGAGGACGCAGACACUCAAGGGAGAGGGAAGACUCAGCCUCGCGUGUUGGCUGUACACGUAGCAGUAGUAGUACAUACACGUAAGCCAAGG